AUGGCGGCCCGGCAGGCGCGAGCGUCCUCUGUGGUGCUUCUGGCCGCCGCCGCCCUCCGCUCUCUGGACCUGCGAGUUCGGCUGCCAGAGCACGACUCCAGCUGCCGAGGUCUGUCAGCGCCCAGGCCGCACUGCCGCUCCGCGCCGCCCCCCUUCGCCCUGCUGCCCGGCCACCCCCCGGCCUCUGCCCCGGCCCCGGCCCCAGCCGCCGCCGCGCUGGACUCGCACUGCGGCCGCCGCUUCAACUCCACCAUCUCCGGGCUCUGGAGGCGCUGCCACCGCGCGGGCUACGAGCCAGACAGCGAGGAGCUCAUCCGGCAAGGAGUUAUUCAGCGUUGCACUGCUGUGAAGUACCAUUACACUUCAUCCUCUCUGCCACGCAAUUUACCCAUCAAUAUUACCAACAUUAUCCGGCAGGAUGAGUGGCAUGCUCUCCAUCUGCGGAGAAUGACAGCCGGCUUCAUUGGCAUGGCAGUCUCCAUCAUCCUGUUUGGCUGGAUCAUUGGUAUGCUGGGCUGCUGUAAACAGCAUGAGCUCAUGCAAUACGUGGCAGGACUGCUCUUCCUCAUGGGAGGUACAUGCUGUAUCAUCUCACUCUGUACCUGUGUGGCUGGGAUUAAUUUUGAGUUGUCUCGCUAUCCUCGCUAUGUCUAUGGGCUGCCAGAGGAUAUCAGCCAUGGCUACGGCUGGUCCAUGUUCUGUGCCUGGGGAGGCCUGGGACUUACUCUUUUGGCUGGAUUCCUCUGCACACUGGCCCCCUCACUCAAUGCCUCUCGUACUGCUGUACAGAAACCCAGACAGGAAAAUGGAGCUGUGUGACCUCAAAGGGUGCAGGAGAAGAGACUCCAGCAAGCACAGCCUAGGUAAAGCUGUGGGUUAACAGCACCAUGGAGAUGGCAUUUCUGCGCCAUUGCUGAGGGUGUACAAACUAGGGAUGUUAAAGGUUUUUGGCCAAGUCCUGUGGCAAAUACAAUCCUGUGGUUCUCCUGCUACAGAAUUUCUGUCUUAGACACAGACUCGCUCACUGAUUUAAGAGGGACUUUUUCUUUUAUAUACAAGGGAUUAUCUCCGGUUUGUUUG